AUGAGAGUGGUCCUCCGCGUAGCCCAAGGGGUGUUUAAGUUUGGCAUAGCCAGCAGCCAGCGCACUGCACUCGCGAGCAUUUCACAGCCGCAUCCGCAGAAGCAAGUGCCGCAGCAGCGACAGAAACAACCGCAUCGGCAAUGGCAGCAGUUAGGGAGUAUGCAGCAGGAUGUGCAGCGACGGAGCAUAUCGGUAUUUGCCGGCGCUGUGCUGCCGCCAUAUCACCCGCAGCACCAAGCUCCAGCGGGGGCAGCCGGGGUGCGUCUGCUCCAGCGGGCGCCAGCAACCUGUGCUGCUGCUACUUUUCUGUUGAACAGCUGCACCAGCAGCUGCUGCAGCGGCAGCAGCCAUGACAGCAGAAAGUGGAGUUCUCAUUUGCCGGCUUGUUUCACGAACCAGAGGGGCGUCUGUCAGAUAAGUCGCCUCUUGAUGCAACAGAGGCAGCAGCAGCAGAGGCAGCAGCGAGAGGGGAAUUUGUGGUGGGAGGAUGCAGACAUGGAAAGCCAAUCAGAUUUAUCUGCUGCUACCGCGUCUCAUGUUGAUGCUUGCAUUACGCAUAUGCAACGGAAGGAGCAACAAGAGCAGGGUCAGCAACAGCACGAACAGGCGAACGCUAUGGGGGCUGAAGAGCUGUGGGCUUCAUCCCUAAUAACAGCGUGUGCGAGCACUGCUGCUGCUGCCGCGUCUUCAUCUGCUCAUCAUGCUUUGGAACAAGGGAUAUUACCAGCAUUCGAGUCAUCUGCAACCACAGCAAGAACUGAAACGACGGGAACAACGGCUGGCGAGAUGUCUGCUUUGCUGAUGACUUCUCCUCUCACUCCAGCAGAACGCCACCAGCUUCUUUACCUUUGGCGCCGUCUGUCCUCUAAGGAGCCCCUUCUAACGUCGCAUCAAGGCACAUCCGAGGGGCCCUCUCUUGCGGUACUUCUGGAGGUGCGGUGGGGCCUCCCGGUUUCGUUGUUUUCAGCGGCUCACACACAGCGGGCCUUCCUUCGCUGGCUCUACAGUGCACUGCACCACUACCAGCAACAGCAAUACUUGCGAGCCCAGCAGCAACAGCAGCAACAGCAACAGCAAGGACUGCAGGAGCAGGGACGCCAACAGCAGCCGCAUGAGGCGAGUUGGUUGGACAGGCUGGAGGAGGAUGCCUUCCAGGAUCUGCUGCGGUCGAUUAGAAGUCGCUUUGACCUCCAGGAAGCAGCAGCAGCAAGGACUGCGACGCUCCAGGCACAGCAACAGCCGCAUGAGAAGGUGCAGUUGCUUUUGAAACAGUGGAAAAAGGCCGUGCGAGGCCUUGAGGAAGGGGACCUGCUUUGCAACACUUAUCGGCUGCUUCUGGAGGUCUGCGCUGCAAUGGACGGGCCUCCACGGGCACCUCCAGGGGCCCCUGAAACUCUGACAAAAUCCGCAGUCUGCCCUCUGCUCCAUCCCGCUGCAGGCCCUUUGCUUGCUCUCUACCGAAUAUACUUAGCUAGAAGUGGUAUCUCUGCUGCUGUCUCGUAUAAAAACAUCGUGAAGCUUGUGGACCUGAGGGCCCCUGAACUUUGGUUUCCUGUGGCGCGGCAACAGCAGCGUCGGGUUUGUCUUUCCUUAGGACCCCCGAACAGUGGAAAGACCCGGGGGGCCCUUGAGGCCCUCCUUGGGGCACCCAGUGGCUGCUACUUGGGUCCGCUCCGGCUCCUGGUCACUGAGGUGUACAAUGAGUUGCGGAAGAAAGGCGUGAGGUGCUCUCUUAUCACGGGGCCUUCGAAGAUCAUUGACCCAGAAGCGACACACGUGUGCAGCACAGUAGAGGCUGCGCCUUUAGACAGGGAUUUUUCCGUUGGGGUUAUCGACGAAGUGCAGCUCUUGGCGGACCCACAGAGAGGGCCCGCUUGGACAAGAGCUUUCCUAGGCCUCAGGGUACUUGCGAAUCUGCCCCUGUGGAUGCUGCAGCUGGUGCUGCUUGUGCAUUUGCUUGUGGUGCUGGCGCUGCCUUCGCUGAAGCUGCUGGUCCUCUGCCCAGCUGCAGCCGCAUUUGCCGGGCUACAUCUAUCUGUUCCUGUUGACGGGGCUGUCGUGGUUACUCUCGUUGCUUCGCUAAAGGCUACCAGUACUUCAGCUCCGGCUGCCAGAUGCUUGUUGCUGCAUAUACUUCUGUUGUUGAUCCUGCAGGUAAAGGAGUUGCACGUCUGUGGAGAGGAAGGGGCGGGGACUUUGGUGGAAUCUCUGCUGUUGCAGUGCGGAGAUAUCGUGGGCAACAGGAACAAAAGGGUCUCCCUGGCCAGCGUGAAGCCGGGGGACUGUCUCCUUGCCUUCUCUAUAAAUGCCUGUUGGAAACUCAAGGGGCUUCUCUCUGCCUCGGGUGUGCAGGCAGCUUUGCUGUACGGACAACUGCCACCGGAGGUCAGGUUGGAGCAAACCAAAAGGUUCAAUGAAGCCGUGGAAUUACAUGCAUGCCUGCAGCAGCAGCAGCGUGCGCAGAAUCAGUGGGGGAACUACGAGCCAGAAGGUGUAUCUGAAGCUGAACGACCUCUUGAAUCUGCAGAGAGGGCAGUAGCAGCCGCACCAGCUCCAGAAGCACCGAAACCCGCGGGAGGAGGAUUAGACGCAGCAGCAGCAACUUCUCUUCCUCCUUAUUCCGUGCUUAUAGCAACGGACGCCAUUGGCCUUGGAGUAAACUUGUCGAUUCGACGCAUUAUAUUCACUUCUACUUUGAAAUAUGAUGGAACAUCGCUAAGGCGAUUGGAGGCCUCGGAGGUGCGGCAGCUGGCCUACAGGGCCGGGCGGUUUGGGGGGCCCUGGGGCGUUCAAGGUGGUUUAGUGAGUGCCCUGCAACAAGACCAGCUGGAUACACUUCGACGCCUCCUUAAAGGCGCGGGUGAUUCGGCACCUCCUCUAAAGACUGCGGCGCUGCUGCCGGAGAGCUGGGCCUUUGAAUUGUUUGCUCAUUUUGCAGCGGAGAGCCCUCCGGUGUGCACUGCUGCCCUCAUGCAGAAGUUCGUCUCUCUGCUGCACACAAGACUUCCAUACUUCAUACCAACCGGGGCCCUUCACAGGGCUGUUGCUGUGGCAGCUUUGCUGCGGGAUGUUCCGCUGCCGCCUCAGGAGUUAUACAUAUUCUGUAUGGCACCUGUCUCGGCUUCACGCCCCAACCGGGUGCAUCAGACAGAGCAGCAGCAGGAGAGACGAGAUCCGAAUGGGGCCGAUUCAAAAGAUGAGACAUUAUCGCCUUGGCAAGCAGCAAAUGGGGUGGUUACAGACGACGACACUGCAACGACAAGAGGUGACACAAAAUCAGGUGCAGCAGGAGCAGCAAUUGCUGCUGCUGCAAGCAUCAGUCUCCCCAUACAGGCGGCCCUGCGCUCCUUCGCUGUUUCCCUGGCUGCAACUCGCGUGGUGCCAUUGCCGUCUCCAUUCCGUGUCGUUCGGAAGGCAAACAAAGAGCAGCAAAAGCAAGAACAGCUAGAUCAGCACCUGGGGCUGUGGCCUGCAGAUGAAGGCCCCUGGGGCUGGCAUGCUGCCGCAGGUGUUGGGUAUUUCGAUGGAAGGGUUAUUGGGGCCCAGUGCGAUGCAGAGGAGACAGAAGCAACCCCAGCGGGGACAAUAGAGGCCCUUAGGGCAUGGGAGACAAUCUACCAGGUAUUAGAUUUGUAUUUGUGGCUGGCGGAAAAGCUCCCCACUGCGUUCGUCGACGUGCCGCUGGCAUCGACUGGGAGGUCCCUUGCAGCUGAUGUCAUAAUGGAGGCUUUACAGAGGGAGCGGCCCCCUCGGAGUUUAAGGGCUCUCGAGCUCGGGCCACAUUGCAUUCGAAUGCUGUAA